AUGAAUUUUGAACUACCAGGUGAUCUGAAAGCGUACUUGAACACGCUAGACACUUUCAUCAACGACAAAAUCUUACCGCUCCAGCAUUCUGGCGAUAACAACAGGUUCUUCGAUUACCGACGAGAGCACUCUCGUACGGACUGGGAUAAUGAUGGCCUUCCACGUCCGGAGUGGGAGAACCUCCUAGCUCACGCCCGCAGUGUUGCCGACAAAGCAGGUUAUUAUCGUUUUGCUCUUCCCAAACAGUAUGGGGGCCAGGAACAUCCUGAUACCAAUCUCUGGAUGGCGGCCAUCCGCUAUCACUUAGCAUCACACCCGGUUUAUGGGGGCGGUCUGGGCCUUGCAUGCGACCUACAAACGGAGCAUUGCAUCGUAGCAAAUGCCCCCGAUAUACUCAUGAUCCACCAUUUCGGUACCGAAGAGCAGCGACGGACCUUCAUACCAGCGCGCCUUAGAGGUCUACAUUUGGUCUCACAGAGCCACGGGAGCGAUGCAACGCAUAUGAGUACCACGGCCAAUCGACAGCGUGGAGGGUUUGAGAUCACCGGGGCCAAGAAGUGGCAGACCGGCGCCCAUCAUGCGACACAUUUCCUCGUGUUCGCAAGAACAUCAGGCAAGCAGGGCUCUGCGAAAGGAAUCACUGCAUUCUUGAUCCCUCGCGAGACCCCUGGCGUUCAGAUCGUAAGCUAUGAAUGGACGUUAAACAUGCCGACUGACCAUGCGACUAUCCACCUGGAUCGUGUCUGGGUGCCAGAGUCCGCUGUUCUAGGGACUACAGACCACGGGCUAGCCAUUGCGCAAACCUUUGUCCACGAAAAUCGGAUACGCCAAGCAGCGAGCUCAUGUGGAGCAGCGCAAUUUUGUCUCGAUAGGAGCAUCGAGCGAGCUCGCGCUCGCAAAAUCUGGGGCGGUGAUAAAAUGUUGGCUGACAAUCAAGGGAUCCAAUUUCCGGUAGUAGAGCUGAUGACCCAGGUGGAGAUGCUGCGUCUCCUGAUCCUGAAGACCAGCUGGGAAAUGGACCGCAUUGUGGCCGCAUGUCGAUCAUCGCAGAGCAAACAACCACCAUGGGUGGAGAUUGAAAGGAGGCUUAGUGACAAGGUUGCGAUGUGCAACUUUUGGGCGAAUCGACUGUGCUGUCAAGCUGCCGACCGAGCUAUACAGAUCUUUGGGGGCGAUGGAUAUAGUCGCCAUGAGCCAUUCGAGCACAUAUAUCGCCACUUCCGUCGGUAUCGGAUCACCGAAGGGGCAGAGGAAAUCCAGAUGCGCAAGAUAGCUGCUUUUAUUUUUGGAUAUAUUGGACCAAAGAAGAAGGAAUACGAAGCGAAAGAGAAGGCCAAACCCAAGAUCUAA